AGUACCAACUCAUCCUUAUUUCAUCCACUUUCCAUCAUCACAUCUUCUUACUUUUUCAGAGAAAUGGGGGUCACACUUUUUUUCAAAAACUGUACCUUCAUACUCUCAAUUCUUAUUUUACUUUGUUGUUUUUUCUUGAAAUGUAUCAUGGCUAGUGUUUAUGCUGUUGGUGAUGAAGAUCAAUGGAGUAGCCAAACAAAUUAUGCUACAUGGGCAGACAAACACAACUUUAGCCUUGGAGAUGUUCUUGUUUUCAAGUAUGUGAAGGGGCAACAUAAUGUGUAUGAAGUGAGAGAGAAUACUUUUAGAUCAUGUGAAACAAGUAGUGGAGUAUUGGCCAAGUAUGAGAGUGGAGAAGAUCAAGUGGUUCUCAAUAAGGUGAAGAAAUAUUGGUUCAUUUGUAAUAUAGUAGGACAUUGUCUUGGAGGAAUGAGGUUUGGAAUUGAAGUGAAAGAAGAUAGCAACAAUGUAAUUAGUUCCAUGGAUGGUGGAUUAAAUCAAAAUAUUCAACCAACUCCAUUGGAGAAUUCUUGUAUUUCUCAAAGAUGGAGCGUGGUUGAGAAGUUCUUUCCUUUUGGAAUUGGAUUAUUAUUGUUCAAUUUGUAUUUUUGAUUAAGACUUUGGUUAGGUAUGUGGACUUGUUGUUUUAUAUUUAUUUUUGUAUAUUGUGAUUUU